AUGACUCGCAUUCAUUUAUCGUCCUUAGUAAUUUUUAUGACUAUUUUAUUUGUUGCCAAUGCCCAAUGGUUUAUUAUAAAAAAAGGUUAUCCAUCAAGUUCAAUGAAUUAUCCAAAUCCUGGUAAAAGAAGCGUAGCCAAUGAAAAAUUAAAAUUAUUAAAUAUUGAUUGUUCUGUCCCAUAUUCAUAUCGCAGUUCGCAUGAAGAAAAAACUGCCUGGAUAUUAUCAUGUAAUUAUGAAAAAUCUCCAUUAACAAUAAUCAAAGAUUCAUCAUCAUCAUCAUCAUCAUCUAGUUCCGAUAGUAUUGAAGAUGAAUUAUAUUCGGUACGCCGGCUUAUUGCUCAAGAUCGAAGGACUGUACGUUCUAGUCCACCUUACUUUCAUGAGCAUCCUGAUUUGUUCAAUAGAUGA